AAAGCCAUUUAACGGGCAAACUCGUGAGCCGAAUAAGGUUUGGGCCGGAUCCACAAAAUUACAAACCCAAAAGCUUCAACUGCUUAUUUAGUCACUCUCCUGUUGAAUUCAAUCAGAGAAACCAAGACAACUGGUAGCUUCAACCAUUCCUUUCUUCCCAACACCACCACGUAACUAAGUUCCUCUCACCACCUCACACUUCCAUGCACAACAAGGUGGCGCAUAAAGCUAACAUGGCGACACAAACUCCAUGCAGAACCCACCAUCCAUGGCUGCCACACUACCCACACUACACUCCAAAAACUCUUCCAAUAUAAACCCAAAACAACUUCCUUCUCCUUACACACACUAUCUCUUCCUCUCUUGUCUUCCAUGGCUUCUAAACUACUAGCUCUUGCUCUUCUCUCAUUGUUUGUUUAUGCAGCUGUUGGUGAUCGACAGUCCGAGAAGCAGCAGCAGCGCGACAGAGACUUCACACAGAAAUGCCGGCUCCAGAGGAUCACAAGGAGCCAGCCCUCCCAACGGUUUGAGUCCGAGGGUGGCGUGACUGAGAUUUGGGACCAAGAUGAGGACCAGUUCCAAUGUGCUGGAUUUGCAACCAUGAGGCAUACUGUCAAACCCAAUUCCCUUUCUCUGCCAAAGUUCAGUCCUGCUCCUAGCCUUGUCUAUAUUGAGCAAGGAAGCGGAAUGCUAGGGAUAACCAUAGCAGGAUGCCCCGAGACUUUCCACUCAACGGAGCAAGGCCAACGCUCGAGGGACGUAAGAAGCAGCGGGCAGCAGAGAGACCAACACCAGAAAGUGCGGAGGUUCCGCAAAGGAGAUAUCAUUGUUGCACCAGCAGGAGCAGCCAGCUGGUGCUACAACGAUGGCGAUGAAGAUGUUAUUGCCGUCACCUUCCAUGAUCUUACAAACUCGGAGAACCAACUCGACUGGAAUCUCAGGGAAUUUAUGCUGGCUGGUGGGCUACCAAGGCAAAGAAUGCAAGAAAGACGGAGGGAAGGACGACGGGGAACUCAAUCUCAACGUGUCCAGGAUACUUUCCAGAACGUACUCCGACCAUUUGACCAGGAUCUGCUCUCUGAGGCUCUCAAUGUUCCAUCCAACAUUGUGCAGCAGAUGCAGCAAGAAGACAACAGGGGGCUCAUCGUCAGGUGCGAGAAGGAAAUGAUGAGGAUGAUUUCACCAGAAGAAGAACAAGAAGAAGGGUACGAAUUGGAACAUCCAAGAGGAGGAAGAAACCUACCCCAACAAAACGGCAUGGAAGAAACCUACUGUUCCAUGAAAUUCAAGACAAACAUGGAUGCCAGAAGAAAAUCUGACUUCUAUGGCAGAGGUGCAGGAGGAAUCAACAUUGUCAGCGAGUCAAAGCUUCCAAUCCUUCAAUACCUGCACUUGAGUGCAGAAAAAGGCCAUCUCAUGCCUAACGCAUUGUUCACGCCACACUGGACCGUCAACGAGCAGACGGUGUUCUACACACUCCGCGGCGAAGCCCAAGUACAGAUUGUGGAUCACCGUGGAAACACUGUGAUGGACGAGAGGGUUAAAGAAGGUGACAUGCAUGUACUCCCUCAGUACUAUGCCUGUGUCAUGAGGGCAGGCAGUGAAGGCUAUGAAUGGAUGGCAGUUAAAACUUCUAGCCGCCCAGAAAAAAGUCCAAUGGCCGGCUACACUUCGGUGCUAAGAGGUAUGCCUAAUGAUGUUCUUGCAAAUGCAUUCCAGAUCUCUCCGAGUGAAGCUCGGCAGUUGAAGACUAAUAGGGAUCCACAGAGUCUUGUGCUCACACCGGUCGGCCGUAUCUCCUCUUAAACAGAGUUUUUUUUUUUCCUACUAGUAGUAGUAUGUACCAUAAGGGUCACUAGUAAGCAAUGUUUGUUGCAUAAACCAGAGAAGGGUCUCUGCUUAAUCACCUUAGCGUGAGCAGGACGCUUAGUCUAAUGAGUUGAUGCUGUAACCAAUAAUGUAAGCUUCCGGAGUUAUCAAUAAA